GCAAAGGCAAUGGUGGAAUCUUGAUUCUUGAACCUACCUGAGGGCUGGGGUUACCUAGCUGAGAGUGGUUGUUGGUGGUUGGUGUGCGGCUACCGGUGAUAGAUCCUUUGCAUAAGGUUCCCAUCAUCCUCCACCUCCAGCCAUGGCUCAGGAGAGUGGAUUCCCUGCCAUGGUCAAUGACCGUCUCCUGCGUGCUGCAAGGGGCGAGGAGGUGGACCAGGUGCCUGUGUGGGUUAUGAGGCAAGCUGGCCGCUACCUCCCAGAGUUCCGAGAGGUACGAGCCAAACAUGAUUUCUUCACCAUGUGCCAGACACCAUCACUGUCGUGCCAGGUCACCCUUCAGCCCUUGAAUCGCUUUCCUCUGGAUGCCGCCAUUAUCUUCUCUGACAUCCUGGUGAUUCCUCAAGCCUUAGGAAUGGAAGUAGAAAUGAGGCCUGGUGAGAUGUCCAGCUCUCCCACCCCACGUGCUCUCUCUCUCAACCUUUCAUACACAUACCACACAAGAGUCUUGAAACCACCUAACAUGGGGCCAGUGUUUCCAUCUCCACUGCGUGGGCCUGAUGACCUGUCUCGCCUGGCCCCACCUGGGGAUGCCUGCACCAAACUGCAGUAUGUGUUUGAUGCACUCACACUUACUCGGAAAGAACUGAAAGGAAAGGCAACACUCAUAGGCUUUAGUGGGGCUCCAUGGACAAUUAUGGCUUACAUGAUUGAAGGCAAAGGUUCCAAGACCAUGAGCAAUGCCAAGGGAUGGCUGUACAGGCAUGCUGAGGCCAGCCACAGACUCCUCAAGAUCAUCACAGAAGCAACCAUUCACUAUCUUGUGGGUCAAGUCAAAGCUGGAGCUCAGGUAUUGCAAGUGUUUGAGUCUCAUGCUGAACACUUGGGCCCACAACUGUUUAGGGACUUUGCCUUGCCUUACCUGAAGCAGAUCUGUGACCAAGUGAAGGAACGAGUGAAGCAGCUUGGCCUCCCAGACAUUCCAAUGAUAGUGUUCCCAAAGGGCGGUCACUAUACCCUGAAAGAUCUGGCUUCCCUUAAGUAUGAGGUGAUUGGGAUAGACUGGACAGUGGACCCAAUCUUGGCCAGAGAACUUGUGGGACCAAAUAAGGUUCUCCAGGGAAACCUAGAUCCAUGUGCACUCUAUGGUGACAAGAAGUCCAUUGAUACUGCUGUGAAGGAGAUGGUGCAGAAGUUUGGCCGUCAUCGCUACAUUGCUAACUUGGGACAUGGGAUGUACCCAGAUAUGGAUCCAGAUCACCUGGCUGCCUUUGUCCAGGCUGUCCAGAAAUACUCCAAGGACUGACUUCCAGGUGCAGCAGUUUGCUCACUCCUUCAUCUGUGAUAAGGCUUACAAGGCAUUCAGAUAUCAGUUAGUGGUGUAAAUACAUUUGUUAUAUAGCUACAGAGUCUAUGAGUUCAUUGUUAUGUGAAGCACUCCUUGUGACUGUAGCCUUUGUGGAGACUUUAAUCCUUAACUGACAAUGAUUGUUCAUGUGUGUGCAUGCCAUCCUGUUUUGAGGCACUAAGAUCAGUUACAUAAGCAGCAGCUGAUAAGCUAUUUCUUCAUUGUGAAUUUAUUUUGAGCAUGUAUUAUAAUUUGAGAUUCACUGAAUAUUGAUUCUUUACAUAAGGUGUGUGGGCAAAUGUCGAUGGUGAAGAUUAGCUAGUCUGAUCUAUUUUUAUCUCCACUUCCUACCUUAUCACACAGCAGGCACACAUCAUGUGCCAAUUAUGUAACUAUUUGAUGUAUAAUAACUUUACUCUCAGAUAUAAUUGUGCGCUAAGAAAGACAUCAUUGCAUUCUAUCAAAAGAAGGCAUAGAUUUAUGUAAUUAAAGUAGUUUUCUGACAUUUUAGAAAUGUGUGAAUUUUGACCAGGAAUGGAGACAGAUAAAAUCAAGCACCCCGUCAGUUAAGGGUUAAUGUGGGUAAUUGUAAUAUUUCCUUAAGAAAGCAGUUGCCAAGUUGCACUUUUACAAUUCUGACAAAUAAUAAUUCCUGCUAGCCAUUUAUUUCCUUUACAGAGGCAAUUCACAUUAGUGAAUUAUGGGAAAAAAGAAUUGGGGAACCUCUUAUUUGAUUGAAUAUCAUCUUCAACUACAUUUGGAUAUUUACAGUGCAGCUUUAUUGCAUAAGUAUAAGUAUCUAAUGAACAGGCAACUUGCAACAUGUGCUAGCUGGUAUGAUAUAUUGCUAUUGAACAAUUACUAGUUGACCUUUGUAAGCACAACAUCCUAUUUAGUUAGUUAGAAUGUCUGUAAUGUAAUGUGCAAUACAUGUAGUGUCUGCAA